CUCCGGACACGCCCCUGUGUGGCUGAUUGGCUAAGGGGGCGUGGCGGGCCGGUGGGCAGUGACGUCACGGCAGCUCCUGCAGUGUGAAUGAAUCAAACUGGCUGGGGUGUAAGCGGCACUCAGGCUGGAACUGCUGCAGCAUCACUGAGGCUGGAUCCCACUGAGUGACCCGGGACAGCAGGAGGACAGAGCCCGGACAGGCCACAGCUCUAGCACGGCCACCUGUCAGCUGCACCCAUGCCUGCCUCCGCAGACCUGCUCCCCCCAUGCACUGAUUCCUGACAGCCUCCUCCACGUCCCGUUACAUUAUUCCCUUUUAUUUCAUUCCAUCUGAUAUCUCUACAGCGACAUCUCCAUAAAAUGAUGCAAAGCUCAGCAGCGCUGGCCACAGAUGCAUCUGUCAAGGGGCUUCCAGAAAUCCUUGGGCUGCCAAUGCAACAGAUUCCGCGCUGCUCUGGAUGUAAUGAGCACAUAUUAGAUAAAUUCAUCCUGAAGGUUCUAGAUCGUCACUGGCACAGCGCAUGCCUUAAGUGUUGCGAGUGCCAGGUACCGCUGGCCGAACGCUGCUUCUCCCGGGCUGGAAACGUUUACUGUAAAGAAGACUUCUUCAAACGAUUUGGAACCAAGUGUACAGCCUGCCAACAGGGGAUCCCUCCAACCCAAGUGGUACGGAAAGCCCAAGACUUUGUAUAUCAUUUACACUGCUUCUCCUGCAUCAUCUGUAGUCGACAGCUGGCCACCGGAGAUGAGUUUUACCUCAUGGAGGAUGGGCGGUUAGUCUGUAAAGAGGACUAUGAGACGGCAAAACAGAACGAUGAUUCAGAGGGUGGAGCUAAAAGGCCUCGUACCACGAUAACAGCUAAACAGCUCGAGACGUUAAAGAAUGCAUAUAAAAAUUCACCCAAACCGGCCCGGCAUGUGAGGGAACAGCUAUCCUCUGAGACCGGACUGGACAUGCGUGUUGUGCAGGUUUGGUUCCAGAACAGAAGAGCUAAAGAGAAAAGGCUGAAAAAGGAUGCUGGCCGGCAGCGAUGGGGUCAAUUCUACAAAAGUGUGAGGAAAUCACGUGUAGGAAAGCCAGGGAAAGAGAGUUCUACAGAGGAUUGUGGAGUCAGUGACAGCGAAUUAAGCUAUAGAGAUGACCAGAUUUUGUCAGAGCUGGGAUCAACGGCUGGUAUUUACAGUACGGGAGGGGACCUUGUGAAUGUGCCUCUAGUCAAUGGAGGAUUUACAAUAGAUGCAACAGGACAGUCCUACCAGGAACUUCAUGAUGGUAGCCCCUAUGAUAUACCACAAUCACCUUCUUCUAUUUCAUCCCUUCCAUCUCAUGGGUUACCAUACAACAUGGACAAUGCAGGAGGGCUCCUCAAUCAUCCUCCUUUACGAGCACUACCAGCUGCCCCAACCUCUGACAUAUCCACAGAAAGCAGCAUGGGCUACCCAGACUUCCCAACCAGCCCAGGUUCCUGGUUAGAUGAGAUGGACCAUCCACCAUUUUAGAGAAAAGGGAUCGAGGUCAGACCUUAAAGAUCAUUGAGUUUGCCAAACUCUACAGACACCACACUCAGCCUUUGGAAAUCUCUUAAAUAAAACGUCAUGAUCCCCCAUUCUGGACAGUUCUACAAAACUGAAAGUGACAGCCAUACCCAGUCAGAUUGGAGAUGGUGAUGUAGAGUGGAGGAUCUCCCAUAGACGAUGCUCGGUAAAACAAUGUAUUGAUAUAAAAACGGAAUGUUUGCACUUUUGUGGGUUCUAAAUCUCCCUACCUAAUCCUGGGUGAUCAAGAGACGUCUCCCCACAUUUCUCAAUCCUCAAGAGUUCAUGCUCAUGAGUAGUUGUGUCAUCUUGCCACUUGAAAACAUCAGAUGGAUCCAACCAACACCACCACCGGCCUUUGUAUAAGGCACAGACCAUCAGUCUAACAUGCAACCGACAAUCUAUACCCAUUAUGACGCAGCAUUUGUUGUGGGACAGAAUCAUAUGUUUCUGAAUAAAUGAAAUAGUGAGA